GACUGUGAGAGCUUGGAUCGGAAGCGCGAAGUCCAGUAGUGGGGCCGCAGGUGCCACUAAGUAUCAGGUGGUGAUUUUCCAUUGCCCACACUGCUGCCAAAUGCCACCCGUAAGAAUCAAACUAUCUAAGCGUUUUAAGAGUGCACGGCGUGCACAGAAUCAAUCCCUUCAAGCCUUCACUCAGUCCCAGGACCUGCAGAUUGCACAGAUCUCGAGGGCUCUGGAGGAGACCCAUCUCUUCUCCUACCUUCAGAUGCCUGGAAAUUUGAAGGAGGCUCCUGGUGGUGAUAAACCCAAUACUCCUGAGGAUCCUCAUGGUUUCUCCGCAUCUUCUAUUGGCAUCACAGCCACUGCAUCCAGUAAAUCAAGUGAGGUCCCCAUGAAUCAAGAUGAGGAGAAUAGUCCAAGCACCUCAGAGGCUGUGCCAGGCACCUCAGAGGCUGUGCCAGAUUUCAUGAAUGUGCCUGUGGGUGCUCUCGAUAGUAAAAUAGCUAUGUUGGUGAAUGUCCUGCUGUCCAAGUAUCGAAUGAAAGAGCCAGUAACAAAAGCAGAUAUGCUCAAGGUUGUCGUCAGCGAUUGUGAAGUCCACUUCCCUGAGAUCCUUCUGAGAGCCUCUGAGCACCUGGAGAUGCUCUUUGGCCUUGAUCUGAAGGAAGUGGAUCCCACCAACCACUGCUAUGGCCUUUUCAUUAAGUCAGGCCUCACCUAUGAUGGCAUGAUGCAUGGUGAAGCAGGCGUGCCCAAGACCGGCAUCCUGUUACUUAUCCUGGGUGUGAUCUUCAUGAAGAGCAACUGUGCCACCGAAGAAGAAGUUUGGGAAGUUCUGAAUGUGACCGGGCUAUAUUCUGGGAUGAAGCACUUCAUCUUUGGGGAGCCCAGGCAGCUCAUCACCAAAGAUUUCGUGAGGGAAGGAUACCUAGAGUUCCGGCAGGUGGCCAACGCUGAUCAUGUGCAAUUUGAGUUCCUGUGGGGCCCCAGAGCUCAUGCCGAAACCACCAAGAUGAAGGUCCUAAAGUUUAUUGCCAAGAUUCAUGGGACUGACCCAAGUUCUUUCCCAUCUCAGUAUGAGGAGGCUUUGCAAGAUGAAAACGAGAAAGCUCAGGCCAGAAUUUCAGCCAAGGGUCUCCGCCACUGCAAGUUCUAAUGUAGAGACUAGCAGCUGCUUCCUCAACUAGGGGAGUCAGGAAUAGUUUCUUCAUGCAUUGUUCAAAGAAGCAGUUUGUGUUCGUAUAAUUUAGAUUUGAGGUGGGGCUGAAAGGAGAAUAGUGUAUAUGACCGUGUGUGCCUAUUUUGUAUGUGUAACUUGAAUAUUCUUUUUUGAUAUAUGCAUUGUUCAAAUGAUUCUUUUAAUAAAGGUUUAAUUGCUUUCAAAACUUUA